CGCGGGAAAGCAGACGACGUCUGCACCAUCAGCACUUGCAGAGGUGCAAUUCACUCCUGUAUCGCAGCAACUUAUAACUUCUGAUUUUGGCAUACAAGUCUAAAGCCGAGUCGCGCUCAUCUCCACAUAUCCCUAAACAAACAUCUCAAUUCUCAAGACACUCUCCACACGUUGGUCUCCAGAACUGCUGGCGAAUACCCCUGACCACACGCUACAAUGUCCUCCAAACCAACCAACCCCCCACUUGCGCGUCGCAGCCGCCGCAAACGCAUCGGCCUCAUUGUCUGCGCUGUUCUGGUCAUCAUCGUCAUCGCCCUUGCAAUCGGCCUUGGCGUUGGCUUAACCCGUGGAGGGAGCGGAAGCACCCCCUCCGCCCCCUCUUCUGCUCCAACAAGCACUGUUUCUCCCCUCCCAUCCCCCACCGUGCAACCCGCAUGGACACCAACCGUCAACAGCACCUGGCAGAUUGUGCUGGAGAACCCGCUGGAGCUGUCGUCCGACGCAGCGUCCAUAACGCCCGACGUCGAGGUGUAUGACAUCGACCUCUUCACGAACGGCGCUGAGGUCAUCUCCACGCUGCACAAGCUGGGGAAGAAGGUGAUUUGCUACUUCAGUGCUGGGAGCUAUGAGCCAGACAGGCCGGACAGCGGCGACUUCAAGGAUGCAGAUAAGGGAAAGGAGAUGGACGGGUGGCCCGGGGAGUACUGGCUCAACCUCAACAGCACGAAUGUGAGGAACAUCAUGACGAAGAGGGUAGAGUUGGCUGCGCAGAAGGGCUGUGAUGCGGUUGAUCCGGAUAAUGUAGAUGGAUAUUCCAACAACAACGGCCUCUCCCUCACCCCAGCCGACAGCAUCGCCUUCCUCUCCUUCCUCUCCAACGCCACCCUCACGCACAAACUAUCCCUGGGCCUCAAAAACGCCGCCGCCAUCAUCGACGCCGUCCUCCCCCUCGUCCACUUCAGCGUUAACGAGCAAUGCGCCCAGUACGCCGAGUGCUCCAACUUCACCGCCUUCAUCACGCACCACAAGCCCGUCUUCCACAUCGAGUACCCGGACGCGGGCAAGAAAGUCUCCACGACGCAGGUCAACGACUACUGCGGCGCCGCCGCCGACGCCGCCAACUUCAGCACCGUCAUCAAGCUCACGGACUUGGACGGGUGGGUCGAGUACUGCAACUACGCGGCCUUCACCACGCUGCUGAACUCGAGCUAGAAAACGCUUUUCUUUUCUACUGUCCUGAGGGGCGGUAGCGCCGCGGAGCUCACCUCCGCGGUUCCAGCGCGCGUUUCGCACCUGUGCGGGCUUUUUGUCGUGUAGCGCGACGAGGGUCUGGGCUGGGUGCUGCCGCGUGUAGGAAAACGAGCGCAGACGUCGGACGCGGGACGACGAGCUAGGGGUGCGGGGCAGUUGGCUGCCGCCGUUGCCCCAAGCAUCGAGAUGAACCACCCGGGUAGAAUGGAUGCAGGAGGCGGCUCGAUCUAGCCAAAGCCACCGAUAUC